AUGGGUUCAUUUUUUAAAAAAUGGUUUCAAGAAUCUCUUUUCGACUCUUCCUCUGAUGAAGAGUUAGAAGAGAUGCUCAUAUUCGAAGCGAAGCAACAGAGGUUAGAGAGGAUGCGAGCCUCAUCAUCACGUACUCCACGAUUGUAUAUUGAUCGUGGCUUUAUUGAAGGUCACGAACGACUUUUCAAUGAUUAUUUUGCAGAGAAUCCGUCUGCCAUAGAAGCUCAUGAACCCUUUUUUCAACAAAAAAUGGAUGCAGCUGGAAAGUUGGGGUUAUCUUCACUUCAAAAAAUUACAGCUGCAUUUCGAAUGCUUGCAUACGGUGUCUCCGCCGACCUUUUGGAUGAGUAUGUCCUUGUGAAGGAGUGUCGUAACUGGGAUCACGACUUGGAGACGUAUCCGGGAGUGUCGGUGAUUGAAGUUUGA